AUGGAGGAUCUCACAGCAGAGGAGCUGGAACACAGGAUAGAGGACGUGAAACAAUGUGAAGAUAUCGUCAAACUAAAGGAACAACACAUAGCAUUAUUACAGGAGCUUCUCACACUCCAAGAGGAAAAACACAAACUGGCAAAUGAAGAGGAACGCAAGGGAAAAGCUUUAGACCAACAACUGUAUGAAACAAACAGACAACUCAAGGAAAGCUGUGGAAGUCUGUCUCCUCUUCAGGUUUUAAGAACUUCUGAGACUGAGGAAGAGCUUCAGCCUCAAAGUGAAAAGACUGAACAUACAGGGAGCAACAUACGUGAAAGACAAUCAGCUUCGGCCUCAGGGACAGAGCGAGUGGACGUCCCAACAGAUGAAAGUCCAGGAUCUGAGGAGCAACAUGAGCCAAGUGAGUCCAGCAUCAGUGAGCAUCAGUCCAGAACGGUCAUGUUUAAGGAACUGAAACAGCAGCUCCGGGCCGCGACGGGCGCCAAUGAACUGCUGUGCCAACAGUUACUAGAACUGGAAAGAGCCCACGACGAGAUCAAGGAGCUGAAUGAAGCCUACAAGAGCAAAGUGGGGUUUUAUGAGCUGAGGUACAGAGGCGAGAGGCAGAAGCCGAGGGAAGACCCGCCCCAGCUCGAGCCAAGGCGGCGGGGACGUUUCUCCUGGCUAUUUGGAGGCCGCAAUCAGGGCAUUUGA